ACAUCUAUGAUGUUAUUUAUAGUCACUGCAGUGAUUCCUUAGUACAAGGAUCAUUAGAUGAUUAUUUACAUAUAUUGUGGCAGUGAGUGUUUAGUGUAAUUAUGGCAUUUACGCCUAUAAUGGAAGGAACUUUGAGCAAAUGGACGAAUGUAAUGAAGGGAUGGCAAUACAGAUAUUUCGUUCUAGAUGACAACGCUGGAUUGAUGUCUUAUUACACGUCGAAGGAGAAGAUGGUGCGCGGCGUGCGGCGCGGCUGCGUGCGCCUGCGCAGUGCCAUCAUCGGCAUCGACGACGAGGACGACAGCACGUUCACCAUCACCGUGGACGGCAAGACGUUCCACUUCCAGGCGCGCGACGCGGGCGAGCGAGAGCGCUGGGUGCGGGCCCUGGAGGACACCAUCGCGCGCCACGCCACCCGGUAUCGAUGGGAUCCAAAUAAACCUCCGCCUACUAUUCAAGAAUUUGAUAAAAAAAUUGCAGAGGCAGAUACUUACCUCCAAGUUAUCAUUGAUCAAGUUCAGGCUCUGGAGUCACGGGUGGACAAGCAGGCUGAUCCCGCAGAGAGGCAUUCCUUGCAGACGAUAGUCAACCGCGCCAACGAUAUGCUGGACUCCAUCAAACACACCAUUGUGUUGCUGCAGAUUGCGAAGGGCAUGGUGUGCUCGUGGUUCCAGAACACGGCGCACCCUGUGAACGGCGUGUACCGCCCGCCGCCGGAGACGCCGACCUCUGGGGGCCGCCUGCUCACGCCCAAGUCGCCCUCCUCGCCCUCCUCGCCCUUGUCGCCAGGCGAGCUGUUCCUUGGCAGCGCAGGGGUGUCCAAGGAGGUGCAGGCUGGCAUCGAACUGGGCUCCGAGUGCCUGGAGUCGAGGGGGCGGGCCCAGGCUCGCCCGCCGCUGCCCAUCAUGCCGCUGGCCGGCAUGGACGACGUGGGGGUGGUGCCGCUCCCCGGGCCCUCGCACCGACCCAGCAUGACGCUGGUGGUCCCGGAGCGCUCCUACUCCAGCUCGGAGGAUGAGGACUUCUUCGAUGCCAACGAGGACAACGAUAGCACUUCCAGCAGUGCCUGCAGCCCCACUGGUCCCAGAGCGUUCGUGGACGCCAGCGCGGAGCAGCACACGGGGGACGUCGCUGCUCCCCGGGCCUCCAUAUCCGGCAAGCUCAUACCUCGCGUGCGAGGCGACGGCUCCUUGGACUACGACGCACUCUAUGAAGAUGACUCAGAAAAUGACUUGGGGUCGAUGGAGAGCCAUGGCUCCGUGGUCAGCCACCUGCUGUCCCAGGUGAAGAUAGGCAUGGACCUGACCAAGGUCGUGCUGCCGACCUUCAUCCUGGAGCGACGCUCCCUCCUCGAGAUGUACGCCGACUACUUCGCCCACCCCGACAUGUUCGUCAGCAUCACGGACUUCGCGGAGCCGAGGGACCGCAUGGUGCAGGUGCUGCGGUGGUACGUGUCGGCCUACCACGCGGGCCGCAAGAGCCCCGUGGCCAAGAAGCCGUACAACCCGGUGCUGGGCGAGGUGUUCCAGUGCCAUUGGAACAUGACCGGGCCGAAGGACAGCUGCGGCACGGAGCCCGUUACGGAUGGCCCCGUCCCCUGGUGCAGCCGAAGCCAGCUCACCUUCGUGGCGGAGCAGGUGUCUCACCACCCGCCCAUCUCGGCGUUCUACGCGGAGCACUACGGCAAGAAGAUAAGCUUCUGUGCGCACGUGUGGACCAAGUCGAAGUUCCUGGGGCUGUCCAUCGGCGUGCACAACAUCGGCCAGGGCAUCAUCUCCGUGCUGGACUACGACGAGGAGUACAUCGUCACGUUCCCCAACGGCUACGGCAGGUCGAUCCUGACUGUGCCGUGGAUCGAGCUGGGAGGAUCGGUGACCAUCACGUGUGCCAAGAGCGGCUACGUCGCCAACGUGGAGUUCCUCACGAAGCCCUUCUACGGCGGCAAGAAGAACCGGCUGUCCGCGGAGGUGUUUGCGCCCGGCGAGAGGAAAUCCUUCCUCACCGUGCAGGGCGAGUGGAACGGACUCAUGGAGGCCAAGUGGGCAGAUGGGAGGACCGAAGUGUUUGUGGACGUGAACCAGACGCAAAUCACAAAGAAAAUAGUUCGGCCCAUUCGGGAGCAAAUGGAUAACGAGUCUCGAAAGGUCUGGAAGGAGGUGACAGCAGGUUUGAGCAUGAACAACAUUGAGCGGGCAACGAAUGCGAAAUUUGAAAUUGAACAGCGUCAGAGGGAAGAAGCUAAGGAACGCAAAGAAAAGAACCUCAAAUGGGAGACAAAGCUGUUCAAGGAGGCGGGAGAGAACUGGAUCUACAAGAGUCCUCUGGGGGCCAGAGCGCCGCAGGGCAACCCGCACUGAUAACGGGGGCCGUGUCUUGUGGUUCCGCCCCGUUUCUCCGUUCCCGUGACUGCCCACCGGCACUUGCCCUGACUGUGCAGCAGCGUCCUGCGUCGACUCCCGGGAGGUCACCCGCAAAGUCUGCGUUGAGCCGAGACACACCACAAAUUUUUUAAGAAAUAAUAUAAUGUUUGAAUCAAACAUGCCAUUGUGAAUAGUUUUUGUAAUAGGUUUUUUUGUUUUUCUUUUUUUUCCCCCCCAAGAUUAUGGGCCUGUUCAGGACUUGUGUUGGAGCACUAGAAUUUUUUCAUUUUGUGAAGUGUGUACUCUGCUGUUUAUUUAUGGGAGUUUUUCUAAUGAACUUGAGGUUGUACCUCCUGAGGUAUUGUGUGUUGUGCACAGUGAGAAGUGAUCAUUCAGCGAGCCUAAGUGCUAUAUUUGUAUCGAGUUUACAAUUGACUGAGAAUUUACAUUGAAUGAAGAAAAUUUUACGUAUUUUCUAAAACCAAGUUAUUUUCCUGGGUUAUGAAAUCAAUUAAUUACAUUCCAUCAUGUUUGACUAUGGGUGUGUACACUUUAUAUUUAUACUGGUGUCUACUUUUAUAUAAUUUUUAUUUUCUUUAUUGUUUUCUUUUGAGAAGGUUAUAUGUCUUUGUAUUUGAUGUCAAUAGUUCAGAAUUUGUGUGAAAGUGGUUUAAUAGUUUUAAACUAAAUCUUUUUGGGUUUUGGUAUCUGGUCAUACCUUUAUUAAAUUACAUCAGCUACUGUAGUCGAAUAUGUUUUCACGCAUCCAGUUUAUUCCAAACUUUCUUAUAAUUUUUAUUUCUUUAUAUGAAUUUGUACUUGGUUGCUAUCACCUUCCAUCUCAUAAUCCUAUAGUAUAAAUAAAAAAAUUUUUUUUCUUCUAAUUUGUAUGGACCACUUUUUUCUUAAAUAAUGUCUCAAGAUUGUGGGAUUUCACUGUUUUACUAAAACAGUUAUAUCAAGCCUAGAUGUAUGUAAUAUUUGUGGAAUUAGUUUUUCGUGAAAUAGGCCUCAGUAAGAAACUGUGUAUGUAACAAUUUUUGUUUUGUUUUUGCAAUAUUGAAAAGUUCAUGCAUGGUACCUACUUUAUACUGUGAUCAUAUAAAAAUGUAAACAGCAAAUACCUCUGAUAUCCUGUAACUUUAUUGUAAACAGAGGUUUGCAAUGAUUUUUGCAGUUAAAAAUUUUCAGAAACCCAUGAAUUGUAUUGAUAUGAAACCAUUAUUUCUAUUGACUCUUUGUACAUGAUUAUUCAUAUACUAUGUUGUUUUUGAUCAUAGCUUAAGUGUGUUCUCGAUGGUUUUCAUAAUUAAAUUUUUGUUAUUUACAUUGUUAUAGCAGAGGUACAGAUACUCUCGUAACAAACUAAAAUACUUUCAUUAGUUUGCAACACCCUGCAGUCAUGGCUGUGUCAUUAAGAUGUAAAUAGUAGAGUGUAUUGACUGGCUAAACUCUUCAAGUGAAGAUUGAAGAGUAUAAUUGAUACUUAAUAAUAAGGUUUAUGCAGCUCUAUCGAAAGAAGGCACUCAGUUUUUAUACAUGAAGACAUUUUGACUACCUGUGCCUUCUUUGCUGAAGGCCUUGGUGCUUUGAACUUAAUUAUUUUGAUGCAGCACUUGUUGCAAACGUUUCUGUUCUACGUAAAACACAAAUUGUGUCUUGAAAUAUUUUGGUUUAGAUGUGCACAAAUUUAUUACUAAUGUUUACAUUGUUGUAAAGAGGUUUGUUAGGAUGCCUCUCCGACUUGCGUACUGGCUUCUGAAUGUUGUGACAGCGUGAUGAGUGAGCAUUAUUAAUAUUUAAGAGUCACAUUGUGAAGUGUAGAAAUAAAUAGCAAUAAAUUAUCUGUUCGGUUCAGAAGACUUUUCAUUAUUUUUCAUGUUGCCUUCUGUGGUCUAUACAUGUACAUUUAAAUACCUCGUACUAGUUUCAUGAAUUAGUUCAUAAUCCUAGGCAAUUCUGUACAUAAGAUCUUGGUUUGAAUUUCAGUGAAAAUAAUUGAUUGUAUGAAAGGAACAAGCAUGCCAGCUGUGUUUGCAUUCUCAAGUAAAUAACUGAAUGUGUAAUUUCCAUGUUCUGCUGUGCAGAAGGCUCGUAAAACUACUGUACAUACUCGAAUAACCCACACACCAUUUUUCGUAAACUGUGUGUUGGAAAGGAAUGGUGCGAGCUUAUUUGAGACUUUACAAGGCCGCGUGGCAACUCUUUACGGCACAAAUUCCGUCAAGCUCCAAUAUUGGUUGACCUGCUAUUGCUUAAUGGACAACUGACAUCUUACAUGUGUUUUGUGUGUGUGUCGGUGAGAAAAAGUUGCAGUAAUUACUUUCAAUUGCGGUCGUGAUUAUCUACAGUUGCUGAAAAAAUGUUAAAUGAUUAAAAAGGCUCAGGAAAUGGGAAAUCGUGCUGCAGGAGAAAGUUUGUUGCCAUGGAAAGUUGUACCUGACUGGAGGGGAAAAAAAAUUUUCUCCUUAGAACAAUGAUGUACUGCAAGAAAAUUUUUAUUUGAAAGUUGUGAAUUUGUUGUGUGCUCUUCUUCAGAAAUUUCCCAUUUUAUUUCGUUGUAAUCUUUGUAACAUAGCAUUGAUUUUGGUUGUUAAUGGCCAGGAUCGUAAUGGCCCUUUCACUGCAGUAAACAAAAUAUCUUCAUCAUGGUAAACAUUUAAUCAUCCACAGUGUUAAUCCCUUGAUAAUAUAUUUAUUGCAAAAUAUGUGUAGAGUCGUCUAUUUGCAAAAAAAGAAUUUUACUGGAAAUUUUGAUACAUUUAAUAGUACUUUUGUGGUAAGAAUACAGUGCUUAAAGCAAUAAUUGACAGACGUCAACACCAGUACUAAGAAUGCUUAGAGAAAACCUUGAAGGCAAUUUUAUUAUCACUGUGAAUAAUUAGAAGUCUCGAAUAUACAUUUAAUUAAAUUUGAAACAUGGUCACAAGUGCUGUUUUAAAAGUAUGGUGAGAGGGAUAUUCUAAACAAAAAAAGUAUUUUUGGUUAUCCCCAAUAUAUUAGGGUGCAAGGCUUAUUCGGGUAAAUACAGAAACAUGUGUGAUUUACUGGUAUUUAACAGUAACUUGUUUUUUUUACAGUUAAUGGUUCUGAGAAUAAUUUCAGUGAGUUUAUGAGAUCUCAACCAUCUUGAACUGAUUCUUUGUAAUUAGUGAAAAGUGCAUAAUCAUCUUCUGGUUAUUAAUUUUAUUUUUGAUUGUGAUAUUUAUCUUUGUAUGAUAAAGGUACAGUUGCAAAAUAAUUUUUUUGUUCCUACCGCAUUGAUAUUGGUGAAUGUUUUAGUUGGUAUGAUCAAGCCAUACACCUUCAUUUUAAAAUUUUUGAUAUAGACAAUUAUUACAGGCACUAAUUAAAUAUGUUCUUCAACAAUAUACUUGCAAUUACUCUUUGUACGUGUAACUCAUUAAGUCGGACAUUUUCUCGAAGAGUUAUACUGUAGAGGAAAAGAAUGUAUGGGUAGUGUGUCGAAAUUGAAGAUGACUCAGUAAUAUUUAUACACUUUUCAAAAUGUUAUCUUAGAAUUUUGCAAGGCAGCAAUUAAAAUAGUGUUUUGAAGUUGAUUCAAGUGUACUAACAAAAGGCUGAUAAAGGAAUAGCAGUAUUAUUACUAGUCUGCUAUAGUUGUAAUAUGGUUUAAAAAUAGCCAGAAAUAAAUAGGUAAAAUUAAGUUGAAUACAGUUAAAGUAUUUUUGUCCCUUGUUGCCUUUUUCUUCUUUAGAGCUGCACAAUACUUAACCCACAAUUCUAGCCAGUCAUUAAUUAAAUAAUUAAUAUUGUUAGGCUAUUACAAGACUUAUUGACAUUCUGUUUAUACAGUAUUUAUCAUCUUAAUAAUGCAAGAAGUCAAAAACUUUACUUAAAGCUCUUACUAAGAACCUGUAUUUUAUGAUCCCUUUGUUUUUUUACUAUUUAAAUUGUCACUUUUCUUCAGAGCCACAAAUUUUUAUACUGUAAAUAAUUAUAUUUCUUGAACUUAGAACCUUUGCACAUACUAGUCGUGGUUCUUGCAAAAACUGUAUUUAACUUUUAAUAUUAUCAUAUGAGCAAUAUUUUGGAACAUGCAAUUUUUGUUUCAAAUCAUUAAUUGAUAAGCUAUAAAUAAAUAUGUUUUUAAGUUUAAAUACUGUUUGUGAUGGUUAAAUCAUUAUACAUAUCUAUCUACUUUGGAAUGAAAGAAGUUAAAAUGAUAAAAACUGAAACAUAUAUUGAGAUUACAGUAAAACUAAAAAAACAUUGUGGAAAACUAGACAUGGAUAAUUAACAGCUAAUAGGUAGUUUACAUGAACAGUUAUGUUUUAGCAAAAUUGUAUUUAAAACAUAAAAUAGGCUUCUCAUGCAUUUUUCAGUUGGAAUGCUCCCUUAGGCCAUUUCAUGUUAUUCCAGUAAAUUUUAACAGAUAUCUUGACUAAUUAAACAUUGUAAACAUGCAAAUCCAGCCAUUUUAACCAUAUUGUAUCAGGUGAUUAUGUAAUGAGUUACUGCUGGUUGUAUUUUGUCAGGUUGGUGAUGAAAAUUUGCCCAAAAUCUAAAUUUAUUUUAGAGCUGGCGGGAAUAGGGACUUUAGGUUCGUGACAAGGGACGGGAUUGGGAAUUAUUGAGGAUAUAAAUUAAAAAAUAUUUGUACUGUUUCAAUGAGAAAAUGCCUUUUUUUUCUCCCUUUUUUUAAAAAAAGCACAAAUUUAGUAAUUCUACAUUGAUAUAGGCAGGUAAUUGUAAGGAAAGCUAAAUACCACAAAAUAAGGCUAACCUUAUUAAAUAUUAUGAUAUCUGAGAGAAUGAAUAAAAAGCCAAAUUGACAAAAUAGUGACCAAAUUAGCUCAUAUUUACACUUUGCUAGUGAUGGGUUGGUCCACUGUUCCGCUGGUUCUCAGCAAAUUAACCGGUAUCGAGAACCAUAAAUAUAAUGUUGGCAACGGUACUGGUACCACAGAAACAUAAUGGCUGAAAAUAUAAUAGACUCCCAGUAAAAUGCCGCUGUAUAUCGCCGGUGACCAAUGUCUUUUAAACUUCACUUUAACCCCUACGUGACAAGUGAAUAGUUAGUAUAUUUUUGAAAAUUGAGAAUAGUGGUAAAUCUUUGAAAAUUGCAGGCAACACAGGCAAAGGGUAUUCUUCCCUUUCCUUCUUCACCGCCUUUCAUUAGCCGCCAGCCAUUCCAGAUGGAAAGAUUACGUUGGCAAUGUCCCAAACAGAGUUUUCUGUACCAAGAUCCUGAACCUUUUAUUGUCCCUCUUUUUCAAUAUCAAAGAGGGAUGAUCAUUUAAACUAAAAGUAGACCUAUAAAAAAUAACACAGGCUAAAAUAUACAUUUAAAAAUUAUCAAAAAAAUAAACUACAAUAAUUUAAAGUUUUCUAGUACUAAUUAACUGUAGGUAUUAUUUAGGAAGUUUGCAGCUUUGCAUCACUUAUAACUAAUUAUCGUGACUCAUGAAUUUGCGAAAAAUUACCAAACACUUCAAAACAGUAUGAAAUUUUUUUAAAUGAAAGUUAAAUAUGAUUUAAAAGUUAUUUUGACUUUGGAUUCACUAGCAAACUAAUUUGUAAAUGGGUUUAAUCCCAAACUUUCUUAUCAAUGAAUAUCCACUGAUUUUUAUUUAUUUAAUUUUUCUUUAAUCAUAAAAAAAAUAGGCAUGAAUGCAUGAUAACAAAGGUAUGCUUAACCAUAUAUGUGGUAUAUUGCAUUCUAUUAUAUGGCACACAAUACAAUAUUCAAUGUUACAAAUUAUAUUGUAUACCCAAAAUUAUGAGUGGCUGCUGAUUAUUACUGUAGCGCGGUAGCGGCAGUGGGAUGCAGAGAUGAUAUAUUUAUCUCAAUUUCAGACAACUAGCAUUUGAAAAAUUAUUUAUCUUGUUCUAUGUGUUUUAUUGUUAUUAAACCUGUUAUCAGAAACACAUUUUUAAAGCAUAUGAAAAUGAACUCCCUUCAUUGGUGUACAUCACUGAUGCACUGCAGAAGCUGCCUUCAAGCAAGAAGAAAAAAGAUAACCAAGUAUAUUGGAUGAGGUGGGGGAGGAGGUGGCAUUUAAAAGUUUGAAGAAAUAAAAGAGGAAAGUAUUGCCACCUUCAUCACAUUGAUUUUAUAGUUUUCACUGGCUAAAUAACAAUUUUUAAGGACGUUGAAAAAUUUUCUUUGCCAUGUAAAAUAAAGUGGUAAAUGAUAAACCGAAAUUAGCCUUUUACAACAAUAUCUUCAAAUCACUAAUUCUUACUGUAAGUGAAAAUUGGUUUGCUGGAUAUGCCUCAUCAGAAAACUUUGAAACACAAGGAUAAGCAUUGUUGCAUCACAUGUUCACCUGUGAUAGUCUGAUAGACGAUGUGUGAAAGUGCUGUGGCUUUUCUGAAGCUUUUUUUUUUUAAAUGAGACGAGGCAUUUGGGAUUCACUUUCAAGGCCAGGAAAGAUUGGGCAUAGUUAUCAUGAAUAUAAGUGUAUGUACAGUGGCGAUGGAGAGAAAGAUGGAGUGACGUUUCGCUGAUUCGACAACAAUGUCCAGGGUGUCACAGUCGGUGGCGCAGAGAGCACGGACGUCUCAGGGCGUGUAAGGUCGGUGGCGUCGCUUUCCUUCAACAUGAGUGUAACCAGGAGGCAAGCUGGGACUCACUGCCGCUGGCUGCUACCUCUCGCCCCAGGCUUCACUAGUCCUCCACGGGUAUCGUCACCGUGCUGACAACGUAGGCACCCGUCCCUGGUCGUAGCGUACCAUGGCACAAUGGCGAACCACCGGGGUAGGAUAUUUUCAUAGUAAAACCAACUCAUUAAUUCAUUGAGGUUUCUGUGCUGACCUGUUUUGCACAUCGGCAGAUGCAAGUGCUGUGAACACAGAGGAAGAACACUGUGUGCAUUCUGAUAUAUUCGGUUACGAAACUUUGUGACUAGAUAACAAAACUCAGUGUUGAAUUCUAGAAGGUACUGUUUACCCUAGAACUUUUAUAUACAUUUGAUGUAUUUUAUAAAUUGUAGGGAAACUGGAAACCAAUACAAUCUGAAGUAAUUGGUGGCACAAGAUGGAAGGAGAGAAAUGAAAAAAAAAAAAAAAAAGUGUGGGGGAGUGAAGAGGAAAGAACAUGUGACAUAACAGAACUUUGAAGUUGAUGACUUUAUGAUUGAAGCUCGCUUUGCCAGUGAAAAUUGAUUUAAGAUUUUUCAUCCCACCAUUGAGCAGAAGACAUUCAGAACAUUGGAACUACAUAGCAUUAAAGUAUAAGAAAGUGCUCAUACAACUAGGACUUCAGCAGUGAUUGUGACUAUUCUUGAAGAGUAUUGAGUGAUGUACUUCAUGAAUAUUUAGUUGGAAGUUUUAGGAUAACAAAUUGUGAAAACAUUUUUUUUUCAUACUGUUGAAGGGUUACAAAAUAAUGUUUGCCAGCCAUUCGAUGCCUCAAAAGUUAGCCUUCGAACUAGUUUGAAGCAAGCUUAGUUUUCUUUUGAAAACAUGUGAAUAUUUCAACAGUUUCUUGUAAAAACUUGUAGGUGUUUCAGCCAUUCUGCACCAGGUAAAUGGGCUCUAUUGCAGUGAAUAUCCAAGCUGGAAAAAUUUAAAGUAGCAAUAAAGUGAGUGGCUCAUAAUCGACAUCUUUUAUCAGUACAAAUGUGUACUGUUGUUACUGUUACGUACAAAUUUUUUCCAUGGAGCGAGUGGGAAUUGUAUGUGAAGUGGCAGGGGCUGUCGUACAAAGAAAGGAUGCGGUUGCAAAAAACAUGAAAUUAAAUAUGUCGGUAAAACUUUUGAUGAAAGACAAAUUUAACACAUGAAUUUGAGUAAACAUAAAUAUACCCUCUAAAAUAAAAACAACUGAAAUAAAUGCUUGCUCUGGAGUGAGCUAUCACCCCCACCGCCCCCUUCUGAAGUCAUGAUUGGAAAGUGAUCAUGUAAGCAAUGGUUGGUGUGUUUGGAUACUGAAAUGAGUGAAAAUAUUAGGUGGCUGCAUUUUAAACUAGCAACUGCAUCCACUGCAACUGUAAUUUUUCAGACAUGUUAAACAGACUGAUGUCGAAUGGUGUGCACAUCUUAAGAUGAGUUCAUGUGUAAGCAGCAUUGUGUCUGGUAGCAAUUACACUGAAAUUAAAAAAUUUCCUAGUCUCUUAUUAGCUAUUGUUCCUUCUUGCUUGCAUCGUUAACGUUAUAAAUGAGGUAAGGCUCACAUGAGUGUGCUGUCACCCUGUUUAUUUUUACAUGAUGUGAUAUAUCGAUAUAUGCUUAGAAAAAGAACAGUGGCUGAUUAGUCUUGUACCGUUUUUGUAUUAUGUGAGCACUUUGUGUUGAAAACAAUUUUUUGUGGAAAAUUUCAACUCAAAAUUACCUUCUCUCUCUAGCAACGGUUUGUAAUUCAACACUCAGAUCUCUCGUAAUUUAUUCAGAUUAUGAUUAAACACAUAUCAUCAAUCCCCUUGGUUCAGACGCUCAAUGUACAAUAGUGUACGUAAAAGAAAACACUUUCUAGAACUAGUGUCCCGAAAGUAUUUUUUUCUGCUGUGAUUCCGAUAAUGAGGCAGCAAAGUUUUGAUUCCCUGGACUGUAAAAUUGUGUGUAAAGUGAUGUUAGAACCAAAAUAGCUGGAGACCUGCAAUAUUCAUGUUAUUAUCUUGCACCAUGAUAGGUUCCGUAUUCUCGCACACACUGAGUCGUUUGCUGAUUGGCUGCUGUCACAGUGUGCCCUCGGUCCUGCUCACAUGUUGCUAACGCUCUUCACAAUUUAUGUGUCAAAUAGCUAGUAAACUGCGUACAGAGGGGAUUUAGCUAAAACAGUUUGCAACCUAAUUCAUUGACAAUUAAAACUUACAAUGUGAAUAUUGCAGGUCCAAACUAAUAGCAACAGGAGCUAUAUCAGAGUCUGAUUGAUGUGAAAUGUGGGUUACUGUAGUGACAAAUAAAAGUAGGCAUAUUAGGUAUAAUGUUUCCAUUUUAAUGUGCAAUAACUCUGAACAUCAUGUAUGAUUAUUCAUGUUAGUAGCGCAUUGGUUAGUUUCUGAUCUGGAGGUAUUUAUAUUGAUUCAUUAUUCAUUCAGGGAGUUUUUUUUAAGUAAAGGAUGAGUUUGUUGCAGAAGUGAACAUGUUAAGAUGUAAAAUUGUAAGUAGUACUUUCUUAAAACUAAUUUUUGGUCUACUAACUUCUAAACUUCAAAAUUAAAUUUUUUACUCUAAAUAGUAUCAAUUAAUAAUGUGUAGCAAAUUUAAAUAAAAUAAACUUUUGAAUAAAACUUUGAUGCAAUUAUCUUGUGCAUGUGUUGCUACCUGUUAUUUCGAAAAGAGAGCUAACGUCAUUGUGACGCGGUCAGUUUCGUCCGGUUCUCUGCAAGUUGCAAACUCUUAAAUUGUAAAAUAUUUCAUAUGAUUAGUGAUUGAUAAUGAAGGUGUAGAAAUGUAUGUGGAUUAAUAUUCUUUUUUUAAAUACUCGAGUACUUUAGUCAUAUGCAGUUUAAUAUAACUUUAUUUUUACUACUCACAUGUGUUAACUUGAAAUUCUAAAAACAAACUUUGCAAGAUGUAUGAUAUAUGUAGUAAAAUCAAAAGUUGUGUUUCUGUAUGUGUGUGACAUAUGCAAUGUGUAAACAUUAAAAUGUAUUAGUCUAUUACUUUUGGAAUUACAAGAUUGUAUUAAUUACAUAUUAUUUGAUUGAAUGUAUCUUAUUUUGCCCACAAAUAAAAUGUAGCGAUGUUUAAAUAUGGUGUACGUAGUAUGUUGUAGAAGUAAGUACUUUUAUUGUAAAUAUGUAUAGUCUUAACACAUACUUACAUGCCAACCUGUACCUCCGUACUGACAAGAAUAAACUGUCUCUUUUUGGUGCUGUUGUCGGGAGGCGACAGUAUUGUUGAAAA